CACACACACACACACAGACACAACCACGCAACACCGUUCCCAUUGCGACACUUGCGUCAACUCUUUUCCCAGAAAAUGACAUCACCAGAGCGCCAAAGCUAAACCUUUUGCUUGGUUCGAGGCAGCGUUGUCGUGUGGCGAUGCCGAUUAUUGUCUAAUAUCAUCAGCUAUCUUUCGGCGAUUUCGUCAAUCCCAUUUAAAACGAUAGGGAUGCCGUUGUUGCGUUCCGACCGCAACCACCGCAACCACACACACGAACGCCACGCCACACCACGCACACGAGCAUGCGUCCUGCGUCGGUCGUGUUGCUGUCUUCGCUGCAUCUGUCCUUUCGUCAUUCACGCUUCUGACCGCCCCCUUCACCGACCGCACUACCCUUACCGCCUUCUCCCUCCUUCUCCUCUUCGUCCACCCCCCCCCACGUUCCUUCCUUUCCUUUCCUUUCCUUCUCCCGAUCGUUCUGCAUUCAGCCACGCACCUCCUUCAAUUGUUUGGGUGCACGGUACCCCUUAAACUCAUUUCUGUCGUCAUCGCAUACCUUUGACAUCACAUCACCACGAGGGUGCUGCUGCUGUCUUCUGCCGUUGUUCUCUCCUUCUCUCAUCGUGCGCCUGUCCAUCUCCACACUCCCUUCCCUUGUUUCUUUUGUUUUGUCGUUGCCUCCCCACCCCCAUUGUUCUGCCCUCUCCUGGUUCAUUUUCAUUUUCAUCUCACGCGCCCUUUCUUCCAAGACCCUCUGACGACCGCCCCACCAGCACUCCCUCCCGACUUCCGUGUAUCCGUUCCCCGUCAACGCCCUUCCCCUCUCAGCAUCCGUUUCCCAUUAUCGCCCUUCUCAUCAACCCGCGUCCUUCGUCUUCUGUCCUCCCUUUCCACCACCCACCCGCCCUCCCCCC